GGUUCCGGAUCCUGGCGGCCCCUCAGCAACCCUCUGUCCAUUAAUGCCGGUCUAAGUCUCCUCCGCCCCCUGCGCCAGUAGCUGACCCCAGUACCUGCGCCUGUUCAUCUUGGCAUGUCCACGGCCCACUUAGUCCCUUGCCCUCUCGGAGUCCUGGUCCAGCACCCCUCAUCCAGAGCCCUCGGUCCCCGCCCCCCGAAUUCCCGCAGUCCUUCGGUCUGUUCUCAGCCCUGGGUCCCACCCCGCAGUCUCUGGUGCGGGCCCUGACACCCCCCCGGGCCAGCUGCCCAUUGCAUUGCUCUCCACCCGGGUACAGACAGGCUCUGCGCGCCCCGCUGAGGUCGGCGGCCAUCAGCAGCGACUGCAGAGCUACAGCGGGCGGCCCCGGGCAUGUAUGCCCCUGGAGGCGCAGGGCUGCCGGGAGGGCGCCGGCGGAGGAGUCCGGGAAGCAGCGCUCUGCCCAAGCAGCCAGAGCGGAGCCUGGCUUCGGCCCUGCCUGGCGCCCUGUCCAUCACGGCGCUGUGCACUGCCCUGGCGGAGCCCGCUUGGUUGCACAUCCACGGAGGCACCUGUUCCCGCCAGGAGCUGGGGGUCUCGGACGUGCUGGGCUACGUGCACCCGGAUCUGCUGAAAGAUUUCUGCAUGAACCCCCAGACAGUGCUGCUCCUGAGAGUCAUUGCUGCUUUCUGCUUCCUGGGCAUCCUGUGUAGUCUCUCUGCAUUCCUUCUGGACGUCUUUGGGCCCAAGCAUCCAGCUCUGAAGAUUACUCGUCGCUAUGCCUUCGCUCACAUCCUCACUGUCCUACAGUGUGCUACUGUCAUUGGCUUUUCCUACUGGGCUUCUGAGCUCAUCCUGGCCCUGCAGCAGCAGCAUAAGAAGUACCACGGCUCCCAAGUCUAUGUCACCUUUGCUGUUAGCUUCUACCUGGUGGCAGGAGCUGGUGGAGCCUCAAUCCUGGCUACUGCAGCCAACCUCCUGCGCCACUAUCCAACAGAGGAAGAAGAGCAAGCACUGGAGCUCCUAUCUGAGAUGGAAGAGAAUGACCCCUACCCAGCAGAGUAUGAAGUCAUCAACCAGUUCCAGCCACCUCCAGCCUACACACCCUAAUGCCAGCCUGGGCUCUCUUCCUCAGCAGCCCUUCCCCCAGUGCCACAGCUCCUCUUACACCCAGAAGAGCCACUUCCCCCAGCAGGUCUCACUGGUAGGACCCUGACCAUCUUCACCAAAUCUUUCCCAGCCUUUAGGGUUGUCCAUUUGUCCCUGCUCUGCAGAGCUGGGACUCUAAUUUUAUACAAUGUACUCUUUCCCCUCCCAGAACCCUCUGCUCCUUUCCUAUUCACUAGCUCCUUCUACCCAGGGAUGGUCAGGCAAGUUUCCUCCCUCCGUGGGGCGUGGUUUUGGAACUGGGACUUUCCUUGGGUUGCUGCUGGUAGUGGACAGUCUCUGAGAGAGGUGCCAACAGGGCACAAAGGGAAGGGGACUGUGCCAUGUAGGUUCACUUUGCCAGGCCCAGCAUUUGUGCCACUUCUGUGUGUGGGCUGACUCAUUCCUUCUAGAGUGCCCUAAACCCAGCUGUCCACUUUGUGGAUCCUCUGCACUUUAGCCUCUGGGCCACUCCUCAUGUGUGCUCUGGUUUUCUGGAGAGAAGGGAUUGCUGUUGCCCUCCUGCUCUGCCCUGGCUUCUUGUGGUUGGAGCCAGGCAAGGAAGCAGAACCAGUCAACAGACUGAUCCUGUUGAGGACCCCAGUGAAGGGGACUGAGUGCCCUAGCCCCUUCGUCUUUUAAUGUGAGUGGUUUUAAAAGGAAAAAACAAAACAAAACCAAGCAAUAGCAGCCAUGCUCUCUAAAACAUGGAUAUGGUUGUUGUUGUUCAGAAAUGGAGCCCAUCCCUUAGACUCUGCAAUAUUUUGGGCCAUAACUCUCUCUAAGCCUAUAGUCACUUCUCCCAGUCUCUCCAAUAGAAUGCAGUCUUUGUGUCCUGACUUCUUCCAGGCAGCUGUGGCUCCCUGGGGCCUUUCUGUGGAAUUAGGGCCACAUGGCCCCCGCGGGGCUGAGAACUAUGGCCUGGCUGGCUGGCCAGUGUGGUGCUCCUCAGAACUGUGGCACUGAGAUGUAACCUGGCCUCAGUUUCAGGCACAGGGGCCAAGCAGGGCAGGACCCUCCACUCUCCACAGUAGUACUCCACACAGAGGUGCAUCAGGUUGGUGUCAGGACCCUGUCAGAUGUGCAGGCCCGACUGUAGCCUUCAAUGUGUCCCCUAGUCUGUGACUUGGGGCUACAGCUUGCUGCAUGCCCCUCUCCCCUUCUGGAAUGUAUGCUGGUCUUGCGGUGUGCUACUGGGCUGUUACUCUAGCUAUUCUAUUUGCCUUGGGUCCAAUUUUAUUGUUUAUUUGUCUAUUUUGUUGUUUUGCCUGGAGACCUGGGGCAUAAGGUAGGUGGGACUUGAGAGGCCUGCAGCUUGGAUCCAGAUAGGCAAGCUGUUCUUGUUCAUUGAUGAGCUCCUUUGGAGUGAGAGUCUAGUGCUAGCUGAAAGGGAGAUGGAUUACAAUCUCCUCUCACCCAUAAGACAACAGACAUUUUGAGCAAGAAUGGAGACUGAAUACAGUCACUGAACUGUGACUACAAGACUAUCACCUCCCCGUUCUUUGGCCCGAAGGAGUGGGGAAUAUGUGGACAAACGGCUGUGCAGAUGAAGACCAAGUGUGCCCGUAAGAAAGCGUCUUCUUGGAGUUCCCUGCUGCGAUGCCAAAGUGUGCCCCAGUGUGACUCUCCCAUUCUUCCAGACCUUCUCUGAAGCAAGAAAGCCGCCAGGUGAGGCCUGAGCACAAAAUCAAGGAGCUAAAUUAAGACUACCUUUCUGUGAAGUCCUGAGCUCAUCAUUGGCAGGUUUCUGAAGUGUGUGGCCAGCUCUCUCCACUGUGGCAUCUGAGGGAGCAGGCCAGAAGACCAGGCACCAAACAUGCAUGCCAAAGUGAAUGAGGACUCGCCCUGUGGACUGUUCCUUGUGAUUUGGAAUCCACUUUUUACUAGCUUCCCGUUCCUCUGGCCUUUCUUUCUCUUUCCCCUUCCAUUAUGACACUAUAGUUUAUCAUAUAAAUUUCUCUGGUUGUGUUUUUCUUUUCUAGGAAAAAAAAAUUAAAAGGCAAAACAAAACCUUGAAACUACAAA